AAAGUGACUCAUGACAUGGACAUGUGUUACGGCAUGAUGGGAAGUCUGUUUCGGAGCGGAUCCCGGCAGACUCUGUUCGCCUCCCAGGUGAUGCGCUACGCUGACCUGUACGCUGCCUCCUUCAUCAACCUGCUCUACUACCCCUUCAGCUACCUGUUCAGAGCUGCACACGUGCUGAUGCCUCAUGAAUCCACAGUGGAACACACACACGUCAACAUCAUGGACAUGGAGUCGCCGCUGGCCACAAGAGACCGCCACGACGUCGACUUUAAGGAGAUCGAGUGCAAAAGACACCAGCUGACCCGAUCCAUCAGUGAGAUCCAGCCGCCGCAUUUCUUUCCUCAGGCCCCGCAGGAGAUUACCCACUGCCACGAUGAGGAUGAUGACGAGGAAGAGGAGGAGUAGGGGAGGGCCGUGAACCUUUCCCCAGAAGAGCCUGUUUCCAUUUUUACGUUUGUCUUUACUUUGAUUCGUAGCUGCAGCGAGCGAGUGCUCACAGAGAGGGACUCUCAGUCCGCGCUCUGCUUUUAUCUGGGCUUAUACGUGCUGUGCUCCAUGCUGCGCAAUAUCAACGGUUGGUUCUCACAUGUACCGAUUGUGCACCGAGAGUUUGUGCCACGCUGCAGUCACGGCGGACUUCUGCUGUGACUGUGGGAGAAUAUCAGAAGUUCAAACUGGGUUUGUUGUUGCUGAAUAUCACGGUCUUCCACUGAUGUUAAUCUGUGACCAGUCUGAAAGGGCUCUCAUUGGUUCAGCUGUCAACAUGUUGCAGAUGUGCUGUUCCUGGAGUGGGCUGAGAUCAAAGUGCCUCAGUGUUAUUACAGAUGCUGUUCAGUGUACACGCGCUUUUCUUUUCUCAUGUUUUUAUGCUGCUGCCUUGAUUUUAAAGAAACUACAAAUAUGUCUGACCAAUAAAGCUGCAGCGAGGGCCUUAAAGGUUGUAAUUUGGCUGUAUGCUGGAGUUUUCAGGGGCAGCGUUCCUGCAUUGGUACAGAUGUGCCAGAGGGAGCAAGACUGGUGCCGACAAACGGGGCUCGUAAAGUAUCAGGUAAGAUACUUAGAUCUGACUGCCAGAAGAGGGAGACAGGCAGCAUGUUCAGGGUCGCCAACAGGGUCAGGCUGCUUCGGCUGCUGCUAACGAGCGACUGCAGUGAUCGUGCUGCAGGCUGAGACGGGUAUUCGUCCUCUGCUCUUCUUUUCUCCUUCCUGUGGGUCAGUUUGAGUGACGGUCCUGUGAGGUCUGAGCUAAAAUCAAAGGAUGCUUUUUGAACCUGGAUGUGCCCAGGAGGACUUUCAUAGGACGGACUCAUCAUAAUCCAUGAAGCUGAAAGCAUGUUUUUAUGUUUUAUUCAAAUUUCAUAUGUCAGCAACAGAGAGUGCAAAUGCUUUUUUUAUUUUGAAUUAUGCUGGGGGGGAAUGAUAACAUGCAUUGUUCUGCAGUUGACACGCUUUUUCAUGGCUGCAAUAAAAUAUAUUCCAUUG